UUUGAAAAUAAAUUCAGGCAAAGAAGGCGACGGAUGAACGUCUUGCCCAAGCGAAACAAAUCGCAAGAUUGGAAGAGAUGCUGAUGGAAGAUAGACGAAAUAAUAAGAGAAAUACUGAAAAAUUGGAAAAGGAAAUCGAGGAGUUGAAAAAGGAUGUAAAAGAGAUAAAGAUUGAUGUGGAAAUGUUAAAGAAUUGGAAGGAGACGGUGGAGCAACAAAAGGAAGAGGCCCGCGAGCAGGCAAAGAAGAUAAGGGAUGCGGUGGGGAUGAAGCGGCAACCGGGAAAAAAGGAAAGCCGGGGCCUUGCAGGAAAGGUCCAAACUGGAAUUGAACAGCGUGUAUGGUAAAGACAGCGAGAUUGGGGGCGCCGCUUUGUUCCUUGGCGGCCGAUGGCCUAGGAAAUUUG